CUCUCACGCACACAGAUACACAAACAGCAGCAGCCUCGCGCACUGCUGGAGCUUUUAGAGCCAAGCUGAAGAGAAGAGAAGAAAAGAGAAGGAUGUCUGUGGCAGCGAAGAAAGGAAUAAGCGUUAAAGCAGAGUCCAGAAAAUGCGCAGCGCGCUUCUGGAGGCUCUUCCCUCACCUUCUGCUGUGUCUGUCCCUGGUCGCGUACGCUGCGCUCGGCGCGCUCAUGUUCCAGUACAUCGAGGGUGGGAGCGAGUCCACGACCCAGCAGGAGUACCACGAGUUCUUGGGUGAGAUUGUCACCAACGUCCAGAACAUCUCCGGUAACGCCUCCGCCACGCGCCAGGACAUCAUUAAACAUGUGGAGAUAAUUAUGCAACACAAGUUCAAGUCUAUUUGGCUCCAGAGACCUGACAGGUGGAAUUUCUUUGGCUCCAUGUUCUUCUGCUGCACAGUUUUCACCACAGUGGGAUAUGGAGAGAUCUAUCCAGUGACCCUGACAGGUAAGGUGGUGUGCGUCUUGUAUGCCAUGGUGGGUAUCCCUCUCAUGCUUCUGGUCAUUCUCGAUGUGGGAGACUUUCUUGCCAUGCUCAUGUCCAGAGCCUACGUCCACAUCCACGCCCCCAUCAAACACCUUUGUACCUGCACGUGGUCACCGUGGAAGGCUCGUAAGAAGGCGGCAGAGCGGAGCCACUGGGCUCUGAAGGAUGGUACGGUUUUUUUCAGCCAUGACGUCGUGAUUUCUGAACCCCUUGACAUCCUGCAGGUACUGCACAGCCAAGCAGACAUCCGCCACAAGUCCAUCCAGCUCGAAAACAACAAAGAGAUCUUUGAGAGGAUUCUCGCUCGGGAGAAUUUACUCAGAAAGGGCCCACUGCUCAGGGCCUUCUCCUGCCCGGAGCUAAACAGACUACCACCGCCGCCCGUUGUAUGGGACUUCUCAGGGUUAGGAGAUGGGAUGGACAUGCUGGAUGUACCAUUUGUGCUAAUCCUUUUCAUUGUGUUUGCCUACAUUUUCUUUGUUGGUUUGAUUCUGCCAGUAUGGGAAACCGAAUUCAAAGGAUUUGACCCCUUCUACUUCUGCUUCAUCACGCUCACUACAAUAGGUUUUGGCGACAUUGUACCCAAUCAUCCCAAGUACUUCAUGCUCACGUCGCUCUUUAUUAUUGCGGGCAUGGCCAUCAUGUCCAUGGCUUUUAAGCUGAGCCAGACACGAAUUGUAAAUUUCUACCGCCAGUGCAUCAAGUUCAUCAGCUUCAGAGCGUGUGCAGAUAUUCAGAAUUGAAGAGAAUGACUGAGUCAUUCACUGAGGUGUAGGCUCACAGUCCUGGCUCCGAAAAACAAGAGGAGGCCAUGGGAACUUGUCCACUGAAGGGAUUUCUUUGUCCUGGUGGUUUGGUCAUAAGCAUGAGCAAAGUCAAAACUGUGCACGUGCCAAACGCUUUUGCCCAGUGAAGGAAGAUGAUAUUCAAAAAACUCUGCUUAUGUACAUAGAUACAGAAUUGUGUAGAGGAAUUACCUUUUUAGUUGCACUGAAGCAAUGCUCCUGCUUUAAACUAUCAUACAUGACACAAGAGUGCUGAAAAUGUGAAUUUCCCACUUCCUGCUAGGACAAAGAUAUACAUUGGUUGCCUGCAUUAAAAUAUCAAAAAGACAAGACUAAGCUACAUUUUUUGAAUAAUGUAUUUAAAUGAGCUAAAAUGUUUCAAACUCACUUAAAAUCCACAGAAGUCUGUAAUUAAAUUAAAUGGAACGGACCGUUUGA